CAAACAAAUCAAGAUCUCUCAAGGAAUUUGAUUAAACAGCUUCACCUUGAAGAUGAUCACUUCCAAGUUGCUUCUCCUUGUGCUCCUUGGUGCUCUAGUUUGCACCUCCGGCUACUCUAGGGUGCUUUUGGGUGAGAAGGGGUCCUCCGAGGAGGAGAAAACCUUCGACCACGGUCCUGGAUACGGUGGUGGCCAGGGAUUGGGUGGCGGUGCAGGUGCUGGCGGGGGAGCUGGCUAUGGUGGAGGAGCUGGUGCCGGUGGGGGACUCGGAAAAGGCGGCGGUGUAGGUGGAGGGGGUGGAGGAGGUUUGGGAGGCGGCAGUGGUGGGGGAAAAGGCGGUGGCUAUGGUGGGGGAGCCGGUGGUGGAUAUGGUGGUGGAGCUGGUGCUGGCGGUGGGAUAGGUGGUGGAGCUGGAGGAGGCGGUGGUGGAGGAAAAGGUGGUGGCUAUGGUGGGGGAGCUGGUGGUGGAUAUGGUGGUGGGGCUGGUGCUGGCGGUGGGAUAGGUGGUGGAGCCGGAGGAGGCAGCGGUGGAGGGUUUGGAGGUGGCGGCGGUGGGGGGCAUGGUGGAGGAGCUGGUGCUGGCGGAGGAUAUGGUGGAGGAGCUGGUGCUGGUGGAGGGUAUGGUGGUGGACACCAUUAAAGAGUGAGAACCAAAUAUAAAGAUGUGUCUUUCCAAACGAUUACUCUAUAUUAUGCUUAAUUAGUGCUUAAAAUGUUAAGGCAAAUACGGCCAGAGAGAGGUGUGCCUUGGUCUCUCUUGCACCUUAAGUUUGAUUUCUAUGUCUCAAUAAGCUUUUUACGGCAAAUUUAUGUGCAAGGCAUGCCUCUCGUAGUAA